AUGCUCACCGCCGAGUGGACGCACAAGCUACCAUUCAUCCAAUCCACGUCGCCCGCCAAGCGAGCUGCGGCUCUAAUCAUCAGGACCUUAGACCGCAUGCCCGAGGUCGAGAAAGGGAAAUUUUCCAUUGUCGACUUCUGCUCCGGCGGCGGCGGCCCCGUCCCCGUAAUCGAAAAACUCGUCAACGCCCACCGCCUCGCCCGCAACCAACACCCAAUCCCCUUCCUCCUAACCGACAUUCAGCCGCACCUCGACGCCUGGAUGGCCGCCUCCGCACGCUCCGCAAACCUGAGCUUCAUCCCGCAGCCCGUCGACGCGACCAACCCGCCCGUCGCCGUCAUCAGCUCCGCCUCCCCCACCGCCGCCAGCGACCCAAAUGCAGAGUUCGCGCCCGACAGCCGCGUCUUCCGGCUCUACUGCCUCGCCUUCCACCACUUCGACGACGCGAUGGCGCGGAAGACGCUGAAGAGCAGCAUCGAGACGUCCGACGGCUUCGCGAUCAUCGAGCUGCAGGACCGGAGGAUUGGGAGCUUGGUGCUCAUGCUGUUGGAUUUCUUCUUGAUGUUUGCGGUUACGCCGCUGUGGUUCAGGCAUGACGGGUUGCAUAUGCUGUUUACGUUUGUGCUGCCUGUGCUGCCGUUUAUCCAGGCGUUUGAUGGGUUCGUGAGUUCGUUACGGACGAGGACGUUUGGGGAGGUUAUGGCGCUCGUGGAUGAGGCGUGUCCGGAGGGGGAGCGCGAGGGGGCUGUAAGGACCUUUGACCCGGAGGGGAGGGAGGUUAUUAAGGUUACGAAGGGGGAUUGGGUCUUCGAGGGGGAGAGGGAGAUGCAUACGUGGCCGUUGGGUUUCAUGAACUCGAUCGUCGGGAGGAGGAUCAGGUAA